GCGGUCGCCGUCACGGAGCGGAGCUAGCUUGUCAUCCGGCCGCCAUUAUCUCAUAUUUUAAACGGAUUCGUAUUCAAUUAAACUUCGGACUGCCGUUACGAGUUUUCAGUGUCGAUACUAUAGUACAUUGAAGACAAUCUCUGUGGUGUUCAGUUUGUUCGUGCUAAGUGUGUACGACUAGAAUUGGGAGUGAUAAGUGUUAAGUUAGGUUACUGUGUUGAGUAUCGCCGAGUAGAGAACGGCAAUUAUCGUCGCGUAGGGUGUCUCCGGUGGGGCCGGAGCGGCAGGCGGUUUGUGGAGCGCAUGCAGAGGGAGCGGUGAGAGCGCGCCCGGCUCAGGGCGGCCGGCGGCCAGGCGCCAAGGCACAAGAACAGCUGCCGACAUGGGAUGCGCCCAGUCGGCCGAGGAGCGAGCGGCGGCCGCUCGCAGCCGACAAAUUGAGAGGAAUUUAAAGGAGGAUGGCAUCCAGGCUUCCAAGGAUAUCAAGCUGCUUUUGUUAGGUGCUGGAGAGUCCGGCAAGAGUACUAUAGUUAAACAAAUGAAAAUUAUCCACGAAAGUGGCUUUACGAAUGAAGACUUCAAACAGUACCGGCCGGUGGUGUACAGCAACACAAUUCAGUCGCUCGUCGCUAUCCUGCGUGCCAUGCCCAACCUGGGCAUCACCUAUGGCAAUAAGGACCGGGAGAGCGACGGCAAGAUGGUGUUCGACGUGAUCCAACGGAUGGAGGACACGGAGCCCUUCAGCGAGGAGCUGCUCGCGGCGAUGAAGAGGCUCUGGGCUGAUGCCGGCGUCCAGGAGUGCUUCGGCCGCUCCAACGAGUACCAGCUCAAUGAUUCAGCCAAAUAUUUCUUGGAUGACCUCGACCGGUUAGGUGCGAGAGACUACCAGCCCACCGAACAAGAUAUUUUAAGAACUAGAGUCAAAACUACUGGUAUUGUCGAAGUGCACUUCUCCUUCAAAAACCUUAAUUUCAAAUUGUUCGACGUCGGCGGACAGCGGUCGGAGAGAAAGAAAUGGAUCCACUGCUUCGAGGACGUGACCGCGAUCAUCUUCUGCGUGGCCAUGUCCGAGUACGACCAGGUGCUUCACGAGGACGAGACAACGAACCGCAUGCAGGAGUCCCUGAAGCUGUUCGACUCGAUCUGCAACAACAAGUGGUUCACAGACACCAGCAUCAUCCUCUUCCUCAAUAAGAAGGAUCUCUUCGAGGAGAAGAUCCGCAAGUCGCCGCUUACAAUCUGCUUCCCCGAAUACACUGGCGCGCAAGAGUACGGCGAGGCGGCCGCGUACAUCCAGGCGCAGUUCGAGGCCAAGAACAAGUCCACCACCAAGGAGAUCUACUGCCACAUGACGUGCGCCACCGACACCAACAACAUCCAGUUCGUGUUCGACGCCGUCACCGACGUCAUCAUCGCCAACAACCUGCGCGGCUGCGGGCUCUACUAGACGCCGCGCACCGCCGGUCCGCUGUCACAGAGCCUAGCUAAUUUUUUAACCUACCGCAUAAGUUUUAUCCCUCUGUAAGUUUCGGACGCUCUCGUCGCUCGCCACGCGGGCCCGGGGGUGCCUCAUGGGUGCCGGGUACACGUGUACACGGGUACCUGGGAACAUGCGUACACGGGUGCACGUGUACACGGAUGUCUGGGUGCACGUGUACACGGGUGCCCGGGGUCGGGCGGAGCCGGGCGCGGCGCCGGAUCGGAGUUGUGAUCGUUAUUUUCCUUGUAACAUAAACCGAUACCUGUUUUAGUCGAGAUCGGCCCCAGGGACGGCACGGACGGAGUCGCUAGAGAUCUAGUGUUCAAUUCUAAAUGUUGGUGCUAGGGAGCGCCCCUGGCCGGCGUCGCGGCUCGGGUCGGGUCGGCUCGGCUCGGAUCGCGUCGGGUCGACUCGGGUCGGGUCGGCCCCUCGGCCGCCGCGUCGAUGUUUACGUUGUAUUUGUGUAAGAGUAUUUAUAGCCGCGUGUGAACCCGCUUGGAGCUGCGAAAGCGAACGCUUAUAUACUCACUCUCUUACGGACCAAACGGAAAAGAACCAAUAUAGUAGAACUGAAACUCGGUAGUGGGGAAUGGAAACGUUCACAGGCCUAUUUUAACUGAUACAAAACGUCAUUCCAUUAUUAAGUAUUAUCACUUACGAUGAGAAAUUAUUUUUUAUAAACUUUUGAAUGCAAAUCUGUAACCACUAUCAUACUGAGAGUUAUUUUACGUAAGUGAGCUCCUAAUGUAAGUCAGCUUGUACCGGCGCUCGGCGUCGUAGCGCACAAAUUAAUUAUUCCUACGAGGCGUUACUUCGUAUGCCAUAUUUCUAAAUAGUUAUUUUUGUUUGUAUUAUUUCCUAUAUCACUUUACUGUAAUCAUAAAAUGUAGCCUAUAAGAGUAAUGUCUCUUUUUCAGUAAAUCAUGCUAUUUAUUUUGUAGCGUACGUAAUCGUAUUAAAGGUGGUAAUUGUAAA